AUGCUGACAGCAUUGAUCCUUCUGCCGGCGCUGGCUUCUGCGCGCUCGCGGACGGGAUGUCCGGGGCAGACGCUGGAUCUGGUCUGCCCCAGCGGCACCGAAAUCAAUAUCAUCAAGGCCAUGUUUGGCAGAUUCGAGUCCGACGUCUGCCAAAGCGCCAAAACGGAACUUGCGCCAAACAAGAAAUGUUCACUUCCUGUCGUCCAUACCAAACAAGCUGUCUCGACCGCUUGUAAUGGAAAGCCCCAAUGCUCCCUGGCAGUCGACCCAUCCACUUUUGGCACCGACCCUUGUGACGACGGCACUGGCUACCUGACCGUCGAGUACGACUGCGAAGCCGUCGACUUCGAAUGCCCCGGCGUCGCUCUUGCUGCUUCGACACCCCGAGAACAAUUUACUCAAUACAGACAAGAGGGAGCCUGGGCGACCGAUCCUUUGGACAGCGAAAGCCGCGUGUACUUCCUCCCGUGGGAUCAGUCCGGAGCCACCGAGUUGAAAGAAUUCCGCAGCUUGGAGAGUCUCGUUCAGGGCAGCCAAGAAACCCACUACAGGCUGGACACGCGCGCGGAUGGAACUGGAUUUGUUGUUAGAGAUAGGAAGCUUUACUACAAUAAGCGACAAUCAAGACAGAUCGUCAUGUACGAUCUGGAGCGGCGCUUUGAAUCCCGGACCGUGGAGCUUCCCGAUGCCAACUACUACGACACCUCUCCUUACUCCAUCGAUCGCAACACAGACAUCGACCUCGCCGUGGAUGAAUCCGGGCUCUGGGCCAUCUACGCAACGGAAAACAACAACGGUCAAAUCGUCCUUUCUCAGCUCGAUCCGUCAAGUCUCAAAGUCUUGAAGACCUUCAACACGCGUUUCGAAAAGACGAUGGUUGCUGAGGCUUGGAUGACGUGUGGCAUUUUGUACGCAAUCGAGGCUGAUACGAAUCGGCUGCUCUUUAUGUUCGAUACUGUCAACGGGAACCACGUGGAUGAGUCGAUCGUGAGUCGGCUCGAACUCCAAGGCUUUCCUGCGCAGACAACAAGUGUCAAAUAUGACCCAAAAGUCCGUUCUCUCCAAGUCUGGAGCUCUGGAAUCGCCAUCACCUACCAGCUCCGUUUCCAGCCGCGAGACAUUCUCAAACCAACAACCACCACCACAACGACUACGACGAAGAAAACGCCAAGAACAACACGCUCCCCGAAAAGCUGUCCACCAAUGACCUUUUGGGGCCUUCAAUUUUCCGCGGCAGAAUAUGGCGCUUCAAGCGCAACCUCUUGCUACGAAUCUCCCGGAAAGGCAAUUCUCCGAUGCUCAGGGUCGAAUUCCCAACCUUAUUGGACUUCCGAGCCGGACAUGAGCCAAUGCCUCUCUCCAUGGGUUCAAAAAACAACCGCUCGAAUCAGCAGAUCGAAUGUCGCUCAAACAACCGCUGAAGACCUCCUCAAAUCCGUGGUGGAAAACAAAAGCAGCCUCCGCGCUUGGGACUUGAAGAAAAUCUUGGAAUUCGUCGACCAGCUUCGACAAGAGAAUCCAAGAGAUCUUGACAGCGGAAAACUAGAAACGACGCUUCUAGAAAUUGUCAGCGAAAUCACCCCAGUCAUCGAGAAGAAAAAAUCCAGCCUGGAUCUUCGCCGCGAGUCAGUCACAGUUGUUCAGCGAUUGCUCUCUAGAAUCAGCUGCAAGCUGCGAGCAAACAAGCAACCCUUCGAAGUCAAAUUCGACCACAUCCAAACAUGGCUCGAACCGGCAGAAAAUCCAUCAUCGAAUCUGCCCAUCGCUCUUGAAUUCGAUCAAUCGGCGCCUUCGAGUUCUUACCGAUCAUUGAUCAAAAUCGGCAGCGAUCAGUGGAUGGGAUCGCUUCACACUGACUGUAACGAGCCUGUCAAUUGGUCUGUCCGAUACCAUUUCGACAUGAGCUCUGCUGGUUGUUCAGAAGUACAAGGAAACAGCUGCAGACACGAAAUAAACGCCGAAACAGGAUCUACAAUCUGCUACUGCUCCCGCGGUUCCGGCCCCGUUUCUCUCGGACAGGGGCAAAACACGCAAGAAUCCUACAGCGAAGAAACGAUCAUGAUUUCCGAAGAAAUCUCUACAGUCGAAACGAUGCUCAUGGCCGUCCUCGUUCUCGCCGCUCUUCUCCAUGCAGCAAGUGGAGUUGCGAGCCUUUUGUUGCCAGAAGCGAGCAUUGUGGAUGCUGGAGGACUGAAUAGCGCAGCCAGAGCGAUCAAUUUUGUCCUGAUGGUUGCGCUCGUCACGAUUUCUUCAACGAAUUCGAAGAUGAAUGCUUCUGACCCGGCCUGCAACGUUGUUUCCGUCUUUAUUCACACAAUGUGUCUGAUGAGCUUCUGCUGGUGCCUGGUCCGUCCUGCUUAUCUGGCGCUUCUUUGCUCCCAGCCGCUGAAAAAUCAACCCAUCGGAUGGUGGCUUCACGUGGCCUGCUUCGGCUUACCGAUUCUGAUCACUCUCGGAGCUGCGGGCACGCAAAUGUUCCCGAGAACGGACAAGUUAUGCUUCGCCGGCGAGUCAAUCUCAUUCACUUGGUCAGCUGCGGGUCCAGCCGUGAUUCUCGCCUCACUUUCAAUGCUCCUGAUCCUCUUCAGCGCGACACGACUGCGAGACAAUCCGGAGUACCAGCUCCAUGUUCAACAAAUUCGAUCCACGCUGCUUUGGGUUGGCUUGCUGACAGUGCUGCUGUCCUGCGAAUGGGGAUUGAUUCUGCUCUACUAUGCUCAAGGAGAAGGAAACGGGGAUGAAACUGUCGCGAUCUUUCUGGCUGCGAUUGCGAUUUUCCAUGCUGUGGCCAGCUUUAUUUAUCAUUGCCUUUGCAAUAUCAAGGCUCAGCGUGGCUGCAAAAGCGUCCUAUCCAACUUCGGCCUCCGCGAUCACGGCGAAAAAUCACACGGUGCCGAGUUCUUCUGGAGUUCUGCUCCACUCCAUUCUCGCGCUGAUUUCCAGCACACUCUUCGACCCGUGCCCGACUGUGUUCAAAUGACUUACACGACGGAUGAAUCGCAACUCUCGCAGCUUCCGAAGGGAUCGAUGGCGGAUCAAAGCACGCUCCAGCAAAUGCAAUAUCCUCCACCUCAGUUUCACUACCCGACGCACAUGAUUCCGGCCCAGCAAAUGGGGCAGCAGAUGAUUGUCAACCCGAACCAUUUGGGACAACGAAGCGUCUACACUCCCACUGGAACCAUCCCAAAGCUUUCAAACAAUGGAAACUACCCAGGCUUCGAUCCUUCAAGAGGCGAAUUCGAGUACAGACCACCGAACCAGAACGAUAUCUCGUCUCAUAAUUUGAACUCGUCUUCGAAUUUCCGACAACCGCUGCUGCACCGUGGAGAUGUUGAAGUUUGA